ACCCCCCCUCACGGCGGCGGCGGUCCCGGCCGAAAGCAACCGCGCGCAGCCCCGUCCCGUCGCGUCGCGUCCCGUCCCGCCUGAGCGACCGGCCCCCCGCCCGCCUCGUCCCCGCCUGCCGAGGGAGGGGCGGCCGCGCUGCCCUGCCCCCGCCGCGCGCCGAGCGUGCCGCUUCCCCGGCGCCGGCCCCCCUCCUGCCCCAGGCCCCGGCCCGCGGCGCGGCCCGCUCCUCCCCGCCGCCGCGGAAGCGUGGCCUGGCGGCGGCGGCCAUGUCCGAGGAGACGGGCCUGGCCCUGCCGCAGACCAUGGACAGAAGCUGCUGGGUUUGUUUUGCUACUGAUGAGGAUGAUCGGACAGCAGAGUGGGUGAGACCCUGCAGGUGCAGGGGCUCUACGAAAUGGGUUCAUCAGACUUGUCUACAGCGCUGGGUGGAUGAAAAGCAAAGAGGAAACAGUACUGCUAGAGUUGCUUGUCCUCAGUGCAAUGCAGAAUAUUUAAUAGUAUUUCCAAAGCUAGGUCCAGUUGUUUACGUUUUGGAUCUUGCAGAUCGGCUGAUCUCAAAGGCAUGUCCGUUUGCUGCAGCUGGAAUAAUGGUGGGCUCUAUCUACUGGACAGCUGUUACAUAUGGAGCUGUGACAGUGAUGCAGGUUGUGGGUCAUAAAGAAGGUCUUGAUGUCAUGGAGAGAGCUGAUCCUUUAUUUCUUUUGAUUGGACUUCCCACCAUCCCAGUCAUGCUAAUAUUGGGCAAGAUGAUUCGAUGGGAAGACUACGUGCUCAGACUAUGGCGCAAAUAUUCUAAUAAGCUACAAAUUUUGAACAGCAUAUUUCCAGGCAUUGGAUGCCCUGUUCCUCGUAUUCCAGCGGAGGCCAACCCUUUAGCAGAUCAUGUCUCUGCUACUCGUAUCCUAUGUGGAGCUCUAGUUUUCCCUACUAUCGCCACGAUAGUUGGCAAGCUGAUGUUCAGCAGUGUUAAUUCAAAUUUACAAAGGACAAUCUUGGGUGGAAUUGCUUUUGUUGCUAUAAAAGGAGCUUUUAAAGUUUACUUCAAACAGCAGCAAUAUUUGCGCCAAGCUCACCGCAAAAUUCUAAAUUAUCCUGAGCAAGAAGGAGCAUAAGGCUGUGAUCUCCAGAUGUUGUACAGAUUCACCUAAUAUUUCCUUGUUGUAUUGAUUCCAUUGUUAUUGCACAGUAGUGGAGAAUUAUGAUAAGUUGCUGCUCUUAUUUUUUUUUUCUUUAAAUAAAAUAAAGCACUGUCUUGUGGCAGGGUAAAUCCUUUCAGCAACCACUGAACCUAAGAAUGUGACUUGUUUUCAUUAUUUUUGGGUAUUUCUGCUGGGCAACAGGCUUCUGAAUUAUUCUUUGAGCCAAAAUGCUGAAUGAAAAAAAACAUCAACUAUAGAGAACAAAAAAAUAUUUUAAAUUGUGUAGUUAAUUAAAAAUGUAGGCUCUGUCCAAAUGCCUUUCCUAUACUGUGUUUUCAUACCCAGGCAGUCCAGUUCAUCACUUGACACAAGGUAAUUUUUUGAAAGGAAACAUGAGUCAUUGCCAAGGAGAAGUAAUUGCAGGUUAUCGGCCAAUAAAGAUUUCCUUGUUUUUUUUCUUGAUGAUGUGAAACAGGGAGUGUAAAAUAUUUGAAUGACAGGCCAGAGGGACAGAAGAUGGAUCACUUUCUAGAGGGUCCAUAUAUGUCAACUUCAGCCACAUAAGUACUAGGUUUUGAAAUUAGCAUGGCUUCUAGGUGAUUAUUUUAUUACUGUCCAGUUGUAUCUUAACCAGUGCCUAGUGUUACUUUCUCAUGGCUCUUUUGCUGUUUUGUAACUGGUACUGGAUAGCUUUUUUUUUUUUUUCCCCCAUUCACAGUAAAGUAAUUAUAUGGGGCAGUGAAUUUCAGCCACUCAGUUUGUAAUUAGUUUGGUAUUAGAGCAGUUGUUUUGUAAUUGCAGGUAUAUUUGCUGUUCCUUUUGAUUGUGUAAAUAUCUGUACAAGUAAAAAUAGCAGAAAUGUGAGGAAACAGCAGUGGACACUAAAGCUAUAUUUAAACUGACAGACUAGGGCGUCCUUCUAAACUUCCAGACCUGGGUGCAUAACUCAGCUCUGUCGGGACUAGACUCUCCCCUGCUAUGCCUGCAGCUCUACUGGAAGGAAAUAAAAUCCAGGUACAUUGGCUAGAGAAGGAAAUAAAUCCAGGUACAUUGGCUAGAGGGGGCUACACUACACUGUGAGGUCCCUAAUUUGAGUAUGGUGCAUUCCUGCAGGCUAGACAGUUUAAGACAACAACUUGGCUCCAUUCUGUAAAGGACUAAAGGAUAGAUGUUAAAUGUGUAAUAAUCUAAUUUAUUUAUACAACAAGCUUUACUGUUACAAUAUGUGCAGAGUAGUCUGCUGAGAGAGACAUUAGCACUUCAGUUAUUUGACAUUUAUGAACUUAACUUCAACAGGAAUAAACUACAAGAAGCUAAAUUUUGACAAACAUAAUGUAGCUAUUUAAUAGUCAUACCAGACUUAACCUAGUUUUAGUAUUUGAAGUUCAUGCUUUACAGCAACCUUGUUUGUUUUUCUCAAAGUUCGUUCUUUCUUGUUCAUGAUAGUAUGACAGAUGCAUGGAGAAAGGUAAUAAUUAUAUCUCAGUGGAAGUAUUCAUAAGUAAAUAUUGUUUUUGACCAGAAAUGAAGUAAAUGCAGAGUGGACUUCAUAUUUGAUUGCAAUAAUGUAUGUUAGUGACAUUCAAAAUGCGGUACCUUUUCUAUGGUAUGUUUAUGUUAAAUACUGCAAUGUAAUAUUUUAGAAAUGUAUAAAAAUGUAUAUAAUUGCCAACUAGUAUUCAAAAUUGCAAGUAUUGAAAAUUAUACAUUCAUAUCAAAUACUUUGAGGUUCUUGCUGUAACUGAAGAAUUACGAUAAUCUUGUAAGUCUGCUGAUUAUAUUUGUCUUAGAGUGGGCUGACUUUUAUAUUAAAUCUUUAAAUAUAGAGCAGCAACCUCUGAAAGUUGCUGCUUUCUGUAAGAUAGUCUUGAAACAAUGUAAUACGUUUUUCUUACAGAAUUCCUCAUUUGGAGAACAUCUUUUCAGUGGUCUUCACUGUAUAUAUUUCCAACCAAUUUAUUACUGUUUUUUAAAGUCUCAUGAAGAAUUGAAUGAUGCACAUUAGUGGUUUUGAAACUUGUUCAAUGGGAAAGCUCAUUGUCUUCUCUGAAAAUUGAAACUAAUGUGAAAUAUAAUUACAAAAAUACUGUAUGAAUUAUAAAACAGUUUAGACUGGGUGACAGAAGGUCAUUACUUUGAUUACUAUGUUGUAAAUCUUGUUUUUAGUAUUGCAAACUAUAGUCAUGUUGAAUUAGGUUGAAUAAAUAUUUUUUACAUUC